AUGAGCGCCAAGUGGUCAAGAUGCCUCCUGGUGGAUCAGAAGCUCUGCUCUACCAGAUUAGAAAGCCCUUACUUAGCCUUGUGUUUAUUAACAUUCGUGCAACAUGUCGAACUUCAAGCUUCUCGAGCUGUUAGCAAAGCCAGUUUCCAGCGGACAGUUUCCACUACUGAAUGCUCCCAGGAAGCACUGUGCCAAGCAUGGGUGCCAAGAUCACAGAGCACAGACCUAAACUCGGCAGAGGAGUGUUUUAGAGACGCCUUUCUGGGUGGAGUCUGGACCGAGGGGUGUUCGCAAGAUCAACUUUACACCUGGGCUGCAGUUAGUCAGCCCACACACUCACUGGAUUAUAUAGAAGGGCAGUUUCCCAGGAGAGCCCCAGCUGCUUGGCCACCGUCGAAACCUCCUGACCAAGAGCACAGGCCCAAGGAUGCUGACACAGAGUCUCAAUCUGCUGUUUUAGAAACUCCGAAAAAAUGUUCAGAUGCUGCUCAGCAGGAAGUUUGUGACAUGAAGUCUGAGGAUCAGGCCACUGUCAUUCAGCAGCUGGAGCAGACCAUUGAGGAUCUGAGGACCAAAAUAGCUGAGCUAGAGAAGCAGUACCCGGCCGCAGACUCAGAGGCGGCCCCCGCCAGAGACGUGUGUCUCGAAGCUCUCAGGUUGGGAGAAAAGGACGUAGGGCAUCAAAGGAUUUUACAGGCAAAGUCCAUCCAGACAUCCCCGACAGAGGAGGGUGGGACGCUGCCACCUCCUCCCGUGGGCGUCCUGCCUGGCGCCGCAGUUGGAGAUUCAGCCGGGACAUCCUCACCUCCGGGACCUCAGACCAAAUUCUGCUCAGAGAUUUCUUUGGUCGUGUCUCCAAGGCGGAUAUCAGUUCAGCUCGACGCACAUCAGCCCCUCCAGCUUCCGCCCCCUGCAUCACUGCCCUGGUCUGACGGUCAAGGACAGGCCGGCUCACAGCCUUCCCAUCCUUCUCUUCACACGGAGUCUGGAACCAGCCACGAGUACUCUGCUUUCCCAUCUUCUGAAAACGGCCGUAACAUCCCCCCUGCGCCGCCUCUGCCUCCGGAGUCCUCCCACCCGAUGCCUGGCCUGGGCACUGCGGCUCCCCCACCGCGCCCUCCCCCUGCCGCACCUGGGCCUUUGCUGCCCAGCCCAGCGGGUCCCUCACCUUCCCCUCUGCCGGGUCCAGAGAUGGUGCCACCCCGUCCCCCACCUUUGCCUGGUGAGGGAAUUCCUCCUGCUCCUCCUGCCCCACCUCUUCCUGGAGUGGGAAUUCCUCCUGCUCCCCCUCUUCCUGGUAUGGGAAUACCUCCUCCCCCGCCUCUUCCUGGAGUGGGAAUUCCUCCUGCUCCCCCUCUUCCUGGUAUGGGAAUACCUCCUCCCCCGCCUCUUCCUGGAGUGGGAAUUCCUCCUGCUCCCCCUCUUCCUGGAGUUGGAAUACCUCCUGCCCCACCUCUUCCUGGAGUGGGAAUUCCUCCUGCUCCCCCUCUUCCUGGAGUGGGAAUACCUCCUGCCCCACCUCUUCCUGGAGUGGGAAUUCCUCCUGCUCCCCCUCUUCCUGGAGUGGGAAUACCUCCUCCCCCACCUCUUCCUGGUAUGGGAAUUCCUCCUGCCCCCCCUCUCCCCAGUGAAGGAAUACCUCCUGCCCCCCCUCUUCCUGGAGUGGGUAUUCCUCCUCCCCCGCCUCUUCCUGGUAUGGGAAUACCUCCUCCCCCUCCUCUGCCAGGUGAAGGAAUACCUCCUGUUCCACCUCCUCCUUUGCCUGGUGUGGGGAUUCCACCUCCUCUAGCCCCUCCCCCUCCUCCCCUUCCUGGAACAGGCCUUCCUCUCCCACCACAAGUUGGGAGUAGCACUUUACCGGCACCGCAGGCGUGUGGAUUUCUUCCUCCUCCAUUGCCAACUGGCUUGUUUGGAUUCGGGUUGAACCAGGACAAAGGGAGUAGAAAGCAGCCAAUAGAGCCUUGUCGGCCAAUGAAGCCUCUGUAUUGGACCAGAAUUCAACUGCACAGUAAAAGAGACUCCAGUGCUUCACUUAUUUGGGAAAAAAUCGAAGAGCCAUCCAUAGAUUGUCAUGAAUUUGAGGAAUUAUUUUCUAAAUCUACUGUAAAGGAAAGGAAGAAACCGAUUUCUGACACCAUCACAAAGACCAAGGCUAAACAAGUUGUCAAGUUACUAAGCAACAAAAGGUCACAAGCAGUUGGAAUAUUGAUGUCUAGCCUUCACUUAGAUAUGAAAGAUAUACAACAUGCUGUGGUGAACUUGGACAAUUCUGUGGUUGACCUGGAGACCCUUCAAGCUCUUUAUGAGAAUAGAGCACAGUCCGAUGAACUGGAAAAAAUUGAAAAGCACGGCCGGACCUCCAAAGACAAGGAAAACACCAAAUCUCUGGACAAACCUGAGCAGUUCCUUUACAAACUGUCACUAAUCCCCAACUUUUCAGAGCGAGUCUUUUGCAUCCUGUUUCAGUCCACAUUUUCAGAAAGCAUUUGCUCAAUUCGGCGCAAACUGGAGCUGCUACAGAAGUUGUGUGAGACAUUAAAAAAUGGCUCAGGGGUCAUGCAGGUUUUGGGUUUGGUUCUUGCCUUUGACAACUACAUGAAUGGUGGAAAUAAGACUCGGGGACAGGCAGAUGGUUUCGGGUUAGACAUUCUUCCGAAGCUGAAAGACGUCAAAAGCAGUGACAAUAGCAGAAGCCUUUUGUCAUAUAUCGUGUCCUAUUAUCUUCGCAAUUUUGAUGAGGAUGCCGGGAAGGAGCAGUGUGUGUUUUCACUGCCCGAACCCCAGGACCUCUUUCAGGCCUCACAGAUGAAAUUUGAAGAUUUUCAAAAAGACCUCAGAAAACUCAAGAAAGACUUGAGAGCCUGUGAGGUUGAAGCAGGAAAAGUGUACCAGGUGUCCUCAGAAGAGCACAUCCAGCCUUUCAAAGAAAACAUGGAACAAUUUAUUAUUCAAGCUAAAAUUGACCAAGAAGUAGAGGAGAACUCACUGACAGAGACUCAUAAAUGCUUUUUGGAGACUACAGCCUAUUUCUUCAUGAGACCAAAACUUGGAGAGAAGGAGGUGUCCCCAAAUGUUUUCUUCAGUAUCUGGCAUGAAUUCAGCUCUGACUUUAAAGAUUUUUGGAAGAAAGAGAACAAACUUAUUCUACAAGAGAGAGUAAAAGAAGCUGAAGAGGUGUGUAGGCAGAAAAAGGGAAAAUCACUUUAUAAAAUAAAACCAAGACAUGACUCUGGAAUUAAAGCAAAAAUAAGUAUGAAAACCUGA